UAAAUUUUUAAAAUUAAAUAAAGACAUUGGGACAGGUUUAAGAAGUAAACAACAGUCUUGGUCUCUUGUGAGUGGCACUAUCGGUGGUCCUCACUAACGACUGUCUUAUUACAAUCUCGGUCUUACCAGUAACAGUCACAGAAUGAGGCGGCGUGCUGGUGUUGGUGCUAUUCAGAGACAAAAGAUUCAGCAAGAUAAGUUCAAGGAGAAAGGAAGUGAAAUUCAAGAAAAUCAACUAGAGCAGAUGACUCUUCAAAUGGAGAAAUUCCGUGAAAAUUUGGAAGAAUUUGCAACAAAGCACAAGAAUGAAAUAAAGAAAAAUCCCCAGUUUAGGAAACAGUUCCAGGAGAUGUGUGCCUCAAUUGGUGUUGAUCCACUUGCUUCUGGCAAAGGAUUUUGGUGUGAGAUGCUGGGGGUAGGUGACUUCUACUAUGAGCUUGGUGUGCAAAUGUUGGAGUUGUGCGUUGCUACCAGCUACCGGAAUGGGGGUGUCAUCUUACUGGAAGAAGUACUAAGGAGGCUUAACCAAAGGAGGAGACCAGACAACCAGAUUAGCUCGGACGAUGUUGUGCGAGCAGUAAAGAAAUUACGAGUGCUUGGGUCAGGUAUGGAGGUUGUUGCUACAGGAUCCUCUCAGUUUAUAUACUCCAUCCCUGGUGAACUUUCUAUGGACCACACCACACUCCUCCAGCAAGCAGAAACUGUUGGGCAUAUGACAGUGUGCUCUGCAGCAUCAAGUCUGGGUUGGACACAAGAGCGAGUAGGACGAACAUUAGAUCAUCUGCUGAGAGUGGGUAUUGCUUGGAGGGAUGACCAGGAUCGCCCAGCUUCAUUUUGGUUCCCAGCAUUCUUCCAGCAGUGCACAACAGCCGAGUAACUUAUUUUAUUAUGUUGAUUGGCUUAGUACAGUAUCUUAAGAUGAAACAUAUUUCAUAGAAAGUUGCUAAAUAUUAUUUUAAUGAGAGAACUUAUAGACUGUUAUCUUUCCAUUAUUUACAUAUUAGAACUAACCAAUGCUUCCUCUAAAUGAAAAAAGUCUAGU